AUGUUGGGCCUCCGUUUGUUUCUAUUGCUGCAGUGCAGCAUUUUUGUUUUCGGAGGCGUUUGCUUGAUUCCUCAACCCAUAAUGAGACAGCGCUCUCUGAAGGAUAAUGUGGCGAAAAACUGGAUAUAUUCACCCCGCCUGGAUGGUCGCAUAGUGGGAGGACAUCGCAUUAAUAUCACCGAUGCACCACAUCAGGUUUCAUUGCAGACUUCAAGUCAUAUUUGUGGCGGUUCCAUAAUAUCCGAGGAGUGGAUAUUGACGGCGGCGCAUUGUACUUAUGGCAAAACAGCAGACCGCUUGAAGAUUCGCCUAGGCACCUCUGAAUUUGCCCGCAGUGGCCAACUUUUGCGUGUCCAGAAGAUCGUCCAGCAUGCCCAGUUCAACUUCACCAAUGUGGAUUACGAUUUCUCCCUGCUCCAGCUGGCGCAUCCCAUCAAAUUCGAUGAGACCAAAAAGGCCAUAAAGCUGCCGGAAGCCCAAAUGAAGUUCAUGGAUGGACAGACCUGCUUUGUCAGUGGUUGGGGUAACACACAGAACCUGCUGGAGUCCCGGGAAUGGCUGCGCCAGGUGGAGGUACCUCUGGUUAACCAGGAGCUGUGCAGUGAGAAGUACAAGCAGUAUGGCGGUGUGACUGAGCGUAUGAUUUGUGCUGGGUUUUUGGAGGGUGGCAAGGAUGCCUGCCAAGGUGAUUCGGGUGGACCGAUGGUCAGUGAAUCCGGCGAGCUGGUGGGUGUGGUUAGCUGGGGUUAUGGCUGUGCUAAGCCUGAAUAUCCGGGUGUAUACUCGCGGGUGAGUUUCGCCAGGGAUUGGAUCAAGGAGCACAGUGGUGUGUGA